AUGCCCCGUGUCUUUCUGGUCAGGAGUCGGCGUCCACAGCCUCCCAAUUGGGGCCAGCUCCCUGACCAGCUCCGGGGAGAUGCCUAUGUUCCAGGUGGGCCUCUCACUGGACUUGGGGGUGAGGCCCAGGGGGCAGGCAAAGCAUCAGGGUCUGGCUUCAUCUCCUCAGAUUGCAGCAGCAUAGGAGGACCACCAAUACACCAGUCUUCAGGCCUUGGGGACUCUUGGGCAGCGUCCCCGCAGGACACUAUGACUAUGGCUUCCAGAAGCCCCAGGGCACUUGGCUGUCCACUCUGCCCCAAGGCUUUUCCACUGCAGCGGAUGCUGACACGGCACCUCAAAUGUCACAGCCCAGCGCGUCGCCACGUUUGCCACUACUGCAGUAAGGGCUUCCAUGAUGCCUUUGAUCUCAAGCGUCACAUGAGGACACACACAGGAAUCCGGCCGUUCCGUUGCGGAUCAUGCGGCAAAGCUUUUACCCAGCGCUGCUCACUGGAAGCGCAUCUCGCCAAGGUGCACGGGCAGCCUGCCAGCUACGCUUAUCGAGAGCGCCGCGAGAAGCUGCACGUGUGUGAGGACUGCGGUUUCACCAGCUCGAGACCCGACGCCUACGCACAGCACCGCACCCUGCACCGCGCGGCGUGA